CACAAGGGGGUGGACGAACAUGAAGUCCACCCUGCCACCCAAGCCACCAUAGAUCUCACCGCGGGCGCCGUUGGGGGGUGCAGCAUGUGUGCUGACUGGGCAGCCUUUCGACACCAUGAAAGUAAAGAUGCAGACAUUCCCCAAUCUGUACAAGGGCCUCACCGACUGCUUCCUAAAGACGUACAACCAAGUGGGCUUCCAGGGCUUAUACAGGGGAACCAGUCCUGCACUGCUAGCCUACGUUGCCCAGAACUCUGUCCUAUUCAUGUGCUAUGGCUUUUGUCAACAGUUUGUCAGGAAAGUGGCUAGGGUGGACCAGAGUGCAGAGCUGAACGACUUUCAGACUGCUACUGCUGGGUCACUGGCCUCUGCAUUUGCUUCUCUGGCCCUCUGCCCCACUGAGCUCGUUAAGUGCCGGCUGCAGACCAUGUAUGAAAUGAAGAUGUCAGGGAAGAUAGCGCAAAGCUAUAACACAAUUUGGUCUAUGGUUCAGAGUAUCCUCAUGAAGGAGGGCCUCUUAGGCUUCUAUCGCGGACUCCCCACCACUCUAGUCCAGGAAGUACCUGGCUAUUUCUUCUUCUUUGGGGGCUAUGAAUUCAGUCGAUCGUUUUUUGCAUCAGGGAGACCAAAGGAUGAACUAGGCCCUGUCCCUUUGAUGCUAAGUGGAGGCUUUGCUGGGAUCUGCUUCUGGCUUACCAUAUUCCCAGUGGACUGUAUUAAAUCCAGAAUCCAGGUUCUUUCUAUGUCUGGGCAGUCAGCAGGAUUAAUCCCAACCUUUGUAAAUGUUGUGAGAAAUGAAGGGAUAUUAGCCUUGUAUUCUGGAAUGAAAGCCACUAUGAUUCGAGCCAUCCCUUCCAAUGCUGCUCUAUUUUUGGCCUAUGAAUACAGCAGGAAAUUGAUGAUGAGCAUGGUGAAGAAUGCUGAAGAGUCUUUUUGA